AUGUCAAAUAAUUUGGGUAAGACAUACGUCGUAUUUGUUGGUCGUGUGCUUGGGGUGUAUGACACAUGGGAAGAAGCUCGUGCCCAAGUCUAUCAAUAUUCUGAGGCAAACCACAAGGCAUUUAAGCAUAAACUGGAUGCAGAAAUUGCUUUUAUGAAGUUUUGGCAGAUUGAAGGUGGGAAUGUGCAACAAGGUUCUUCAUCCAAUACUCCUUCAACUGAAGAGAGUUCUAGCACAGGAGAUGUUAAAUACAAUUUAUUGAAAUAUCAAUUAGAUAUCGCAAUUAAGCAGCGGAACCAUGCAAUGAAGAUUGCAAAGUUGAAUGCAAGAAUGCUAAACGCUGUGGCAUAUCAAGUCCUGCCUGAUGAUGAGGUCAAUAAAAUGUUAAAUGCUGAUGGUGCUUCUUUUGGCAAUCCGGGCAAGGCGGGUGGGGGUGGACUUAUACGUGAUCAUCAUGGGAGUUGGGUAAAGGGCUACAUGAGGCAUAUCGGGUUUGCAUCCAGUAUAGCAGCUGAGUUCUGGGCCUUGAAGGAUGGACUGAUGCUUGCUUCUCAGCUUGGCAUCACUCAACUCCUUCUGGAGUUGGAUGCUAAAGUGGUUGUGGACCUGAAGCUUUCUUCAAAAUCCUCUAAUAACUCCUUUUCUGCUCUGCUCAAUGAUUGUAGGUACCUCCUUUGCCAAUUCAACCAAGUUAGGAUCAGUCAUGUUUAUCAGGAAGCGAAUAGAUGUGCAGAUCAUCUCGCCAAAGGAGGAUGCACCCUGAUAGGGAAUUUUGUGGUUUUAGACUCUCCUAAUUUGGAUGAACUUUGUAUCUUUUUAGAUUAUGAUGCUUUUGGUCUUUACUCCUUAAGGCUCUCAGCCAGUACUUCACCUUUUAUGGUUAACUAA